AUGUCGUGGCUACCACAAAAUCUAACAAGCUUUUGCUCAAUUAAUUCUGAACUGUCAGCCUGUCAAUCAUCUACACUUAUGUUUCUGACACGCGUCGCUAAACUAUUGGGUCAUCCCAAGGACUAUUCCUGUCCAAAUUAUGGGUAUUCAGGUGAUUGAUGAUUCCAGUACUAUCAACAUGAUGAUGUACGUUCGUGGAAACUCAAGAGAUAAUUUCCUUCUGAACUUAGAAAAUAACAGGGAUCCAGAGGUAACAAAUUUGAUAUGUCACUAAAUACGAAGAGCCAUCCAGGUGAAACCUUCCUUUUCUCAAUAAAGGAAAAUCCACACUACUAUAGCCAAAGUGGUUACCAAUCGGUACAAUGA